AUGCAGGAGCUCAACCAGUCCACCGUGACAGAAUUCAUUCUAGUGGGCUUCACCUCCAAUCCCAGGACCAGUCCUCUGCUCUUCACCUUCUUCUUCGUCUUUUACCUGCUGAUUCUCAUGAGCAACAGCCUCCUCAUCACCCUCAUUUACCAGGACUUACUGUUUGCCUAGAAUUUUGAAUAUAUUCUGCACAUACCCAUGUACUUUUUCAUCAGUGUCCUCUCCCUGCUGGACAUGUCCUAUACCACCACCACCGUGCCCCAGAUGCUGGUGCACAUUCUCAGCAAGAAGAGGGCCAUCUCUUUUGCUAGAUGUGUGGCCCAGAUGUAUAUCUUCCUCCUCUUUGGGGUCAUUGAGUCAUGGCUUUUCUCCAUCAUGUCCGUGGACAGGUACUUGGCCAUCUGCCACCCUCUCAGGUACAAGGUCAUCAUGAGCCGCUGGGUGUGUCUCCUCAUGGUGGGUAUCUGUGCAGCCUAUGGUGUGCUGGGUAGCAUGUGCUAUACUUUCUUUGCUAUGCGCCUGCCCUAUUGUGGGCCUAAUGAGAUUGACCACUACUUUUGCGAGGUUCCUGCAGUUCUGAAGCUGGCCUGUGCAGACACAUCCCUCAAUGACCUGGUGGACUUCAUUAUAGGCUUCAAUGUCAUUGUGGUCCCGCUCUCCCUGACUGUCAUAGUCUAUGCCAACAUCUUUGCCACCAUCAUGAGGAUCCACUCAGCCCAGGGGCGAAUCAAAGCCUUUUCCACCUGUGCUUCCCACAUCACUGUGGUCACCAUGUUUGCCAUUCCAUGUAUCAUCAUGUAUAUGGGCCCUGGCUCUGGCUCGUUAUCAAACAGUGGAAAGAAAAUGGCCCUUUUCUAUAACAUUGCUACAUCCUUCCUCAAUCCUGUCAUCUACAGUCUAAGGAACAAAGAUGUGAAAAAAGCUUUUUUCAAAUGGAUGGGAUGGAGCAGGGCCCCAGAGUAA